UAUUUACUUACUGUUGGAACUCGGGGCUAUAAAUUUCGCACAAGUGCCGAACGUCAGAGAGUGAGGAAACACCUAUUGUCAUGUGGAUCCUCGACGAGUGUAGUGCGUACAAUAACUAAACGAUAUAUAAGUAGACAUAUCAUACGACUGCAGCUGGGAGUUGGCGUGUAAUGAUGAGUGUCACAGAGUUGGUGAAGUGCAAGGCGAUCGGGCUCUGUUCGCAAAAAAGAAGCGUCGCUUUCCCUUUCUCCUGCUUGUAUCAACAACACAAACAGAUGGAUAUGAUAAUAGAAAACAACAACAACAUGGCCAAGAGAUAGGAGUAUUAAAAAAAAAAAAAAAAAACAGCACACAACACCACACCUAGUACAUUAUUAGAUCAGACCAGCAGUUCGUCUUUUCGGAGCAGAAGCAGAGAGCUAGAAAGGAGAAUAACUCCUAGUAAAUUAUAAGACUGCUGUGGUUUUAUUUUGCUGCUGCUGAAUAUUAUUUAUAUAUAUAUUAUAUAUACAUAUAUAAAUAAGUGUACGAGAGCUCGAGAGUGCAAGUGUGUGUGAGACAUCAAAGACAUAAACAAUGGACAACUCCAGCGGUUGCAGGAGCCUCUACCAGCUCAGCCUGGGUGCCGUGGCUGAGCAGUUCCUCAUCUUUAAGAAACACAUCAACUUCCUGCCCGAGAAUGUGUUGUUUGACCUUUAUUAUCAGCUGUACAAAAAUCGAAAGCUGUGCCUCCUUGGAAUGGAACUAAGUGAUCUCAAUACACUCCUACGUAUGCUCAAAGUGACGAACAAGCGUAUUCAUUUACACAAAAGCUUUCAGGCUUUGAUGGACCACGGGACAAAAAUUGGAAAUGAACUAGCCAUCAGUUACAAUUUGUGUUAUCUUGGCAACAAAGACAAUUUUUCUGCGCACGAAACAAUUAUAAAUUUAGGCUUACGUCUUGGAAAAUUCCUCAACGAUGCAGGCUGGUACUUUGAAAGUGAACAAGUUUUGUUAGCGUGUAAGGAUCUCUGCGUUUCUGGCCCGCAAAAUCCAGAAAACUGGUGUCGCACCUUGGACUGCUGUUACAAAUUACUUCAUGCACAAACAGCUUACUGUAUGUUUAAUGAAGCUACUAAAACGUGUGACUUAGCGCUGCAAACCAUAGAGAAGUUGAACAACACCGAAUACACAAACAUCAACCACGCUGCUUUUUAUGCAGAACUCGGUGUGCUGUAUUUCAGUAGAAGCGAAUACGAUAAAGCAUACAAAUGGAGCGUGGAAGCCCUGAAUCAAUUGAAACCAUCUCUCUCACCGCACAUUAUCAUAAAUGUACUACGUCAAACUGCCAAAUCUUGUAUUAUGAUGAGAGAAUACAAAAAAGCAGGUCUGCUUAUAAAACAUGCCGUGUGUCUUGCCAGAGAACUUUUUGACCGUCAAGAUCCAAAGUACAGCGACGUCCUGAUCGACUAUGGGUUUUAUUUGUUGAACUCGGAUAGUAUUCCUAACAGUGUCAUAGUUUAUAAGUUUGCAUUAGAUAUUAGAAAAGAAAUAUUUGGUAAAUACAAUCUCCAAGUUGCAAUGGCUCAUGAAGAUUUAGCGUAUGCCCUGUAUGUUCAAGAAUACAACUCUGGUAAAUUUAGUCUAGCAAGCCAUCACGUGAAUAAGGCUAUCGAAAUAAUGGAAAAGUUACUUCCUUCAGAGCAUUUGCUGCUUGCAAGUGCCAAAAGAGUAAAGGCCUUAAUUUUAGAGGAAAUAGCAUUGGAUAAUUCGCAGACGCCAGGAUCGGAUCAGAAUUUAUUUACGAAAUCGGAAACCCUCCAUUUGUCUGCUCUACAACUGUCACAGACUGCGUUCGGCGAUAUGAACGUACAAACUGCCAAACACUACGGGAAUUUAGGAAGAUUGUAUCAAAGCAUGAACAGAUUUGAUGAAGCGGAAAAAAUGCAUCUUAGAGCCAUAAGAAUUAAGGAAGACAUACUAGGUUCGUACGAUUACGAAGUUGGACUAAGCAUAGGACACUUGGCUUCACUGUACAACUUUCACAUGCAACGGUACGAAGAAGCAGAAAGAUUAUAUCAGCGUAGUAUCGAUAUAAGUCUUAAACUAUUUGGCAAGACUUACAGUGGCUUGGAGUAUGAUUACCGAGGUUUACUGCACGUCUAUUCAAAACUUGAAGAUCACGAUAAGUAUGUCGAGUUUAUGGACAGGUUGAGUGAAUGGAAGGACCUGAGAGACGAGCAUGCCAACUCGGAAGACCCCUUGUUCGAAGAAAAACCGUCACAGCCUAUCAGUGAUGUGAUACAAACAUUUCUUACAAUAAAGUAGAAAUAGGUAUAGAAUCAUAAAAAAAAGAAAAAAUCGUGAGCAACAGCGUCAUCGAUUACAUCAAUAUGCGCUGGCGUAAUAUUAAGAAAUUAAUUUAAAUCGUUAAUAGGAGGACUAUUCAGUGAUUAAAUUUGUUUUUACUUGUCACAUUAAAUCUGCGAUGCAAUUUCAUUUAUAUACUUCACUUGGCGCACAUUUUUUUAAAAAUCAAUUCGACAUUUUUCGUGAAAGAUUAUGUAUGACAUAACCAUUUUUUUUCCUUUUCUGAAUGCGUGAUUUCAAGUUUUACUGACAUCCAAUGUAUUCAAAUGGCAAGUCUUUGAGAAUUGAAAAGGAUAGAUAGUGAUAGCAUGAGCUAUUCAAUAUGGAAUGUUUCAUAAAUUAUUAGAAACUAUCAAACAUAUAGUCAAUUAUUUCAAAACAAGAGGUCUGUUAUGUAAAAUUUAAU